CGUACCCAAGUAAUCAAAUCCCACUAGGGCAAAAUGCAAAUACACUGAAUCCCAAGGACGCAAUUGGCAAUACAAUAAUUAACCUUCUUGUUUCUAUCCUCCUCUCUUAAGACUAGAGUAUCCUCAACAGGCAGCAGUAGUAUAUUAACUGCUUCCUCUACUCCUCUUCCCUCCAUCCUUUCUUAUCAGACAAGCCUAUGCUCUAGAAUUUCUGAUUCCCUUCUCCAUCAGAAUCCCUGAUAAGCUGUCGUUUUGCUUCUCGAAAACAGAGAAAGAAUCGGACUCUUUCUCUUCAAUGGUGUUUCGCACUGAACCGGAAACUGAGCCAAACACAAACAACAACACUAUCAUGGCUUCUUCUACUACUACUACUAGUACUGUGAAACCACACCAGCCACUCCAUAACUUCCCUUUGCAAGACCUAAAAUGGUCAAUGAACCAUUCCAAUAACGUUACCAACCACCACCACCGCUUUCGCACUCACAAAUCUCCUCACCGCGAUGCUGCUUCUGCGGCGGAUUCGGAGGGAGACGGCGGGGUCAAGAUUGAUAAACUAUUGAAGAAAAAAUCUGGUGAUGUUGAGAAUUCGGAGAGGAAAUCGAAGAUCUUUAUUCGGUUGAGGACUAACAAAAACAGCAGCGGAAGCGGAAGCAGCAGCGGAAGCAGCAAGGGCGUGGUUGGUGAUGUUGCUGCGGGUGCAGUGGAUCAGGGCUCUGCUGCUGUAGUGGAGGACGUGGAGGAACUGAUGCCGAAGACGUGGAAUCUGAGGCCGAGGAGAGCUGUUAAUAAUAUUAAUAAUGAUAGUAAUAAUAAUAAUAACAAGGGUUUGAAUGGGAAUGGAGGUGCUUUGAAGAUUUGUGGGGGUGCGGUGCCGGAGAUCAAACCUCAGGUGCCGGGUGGUAACCGGACUGAAUUGACUCGGUCCAACCGGAAUGGUAAUGACGCUAAUAAUUAUGAUAAUGAUAAUGACAAUAAUAAUAAUAACAGGAAGGAGAGGGGGAAGGAAAAGGAAAAGGAGAAGAAGGUGAGGUUUUCGAUUCCUCUUACGAAAGUGGAAAUUGAAGAGGAUAUUUAUUCCUUGACUGGGUCAAAGCCGGCGAGAAGGCCUAAGAAGAGAGCAAAGCAUGUGCAGAAACAACUUGAUUGCCUGUUUCCUGGUAUGUGGCUGGAUUCGAUCACCCCGGAUUGCUAUAAGGUUCAUGAAGCUCCUUCGAAGUUGAGAAUGUAGUUCUCCUGCUCUGCAGGGUUAGAGAAUCGACUGAGAAGUUGGAGGUGAUGACUGUCAGACCUUUUUUAUAUGCCGAAAUUAAUGUAACAAACACAUGAUCCCGUGAAGAUGAAAGGGUAACAAAUGUAUCUUGUUUUUGUGCCUUUUUCUAAUCACCGAGGAGUCUUUGGGAAUGUUGGAAGGGUUAGUGUUAUAGUUUAUGUUAUGGGUAGCUACAGAUGUACAUAAGAAAAGUCUCUCCAAUGAGUAGAAGAUAUGAAUAACUUUGAUGUUUAUGUUUUCAGUUAGUUUGAAAUCAAGAUGCUUUUCCCAACUCUCUGUUUCAUGCUGGUUUUCGAGAACUUGUUACUUGUUAUUCCAACAACAUGAAUUAUGUCUAGAACCCAAAACCUAAAUAGUUGGUAUAUGGUGUGUGAUCGACUUACACGUCUCAUUUCUGCAUCUCUUUCCAUUAUAAAUAUGCCGUUAUCAGAGCAAAACACAUUUAUUUUAACGGCUUUUAAUUGAUUAAAGGAAAGUCUGAUUCUUUGAGGAAUUGAGCAAUUUUCUUAAGUUUGCCUUUCCUUUUUUGAAGAGUGAGCCAUGCACGUCGUUGUCGUUAUUUGUGGACUGCACGGGCCAUGCAUGCGUGUCAUGAUUAGAAGUCGGCAUGAUCGAUUCAUAAUGUUGCGAUUAAUAAGAAACGUGUCUUCUAAGAAGAGAAAGCAUAUGAUUUGCUAGAUUUAUGAGAUGAGUUGUUUCAUACAUGGAUUAAGUUAUUGUAUUUUUAACCAGAUUGUAAGAUCAUACAGAAAAUAUCAUGUCAUCAUGGAGUUGCAAUUAUCAAGCUAACAAGUUGGUAGUCUGCAUCUCUUUCCAUUAUAAAUAUGCCGUUAACAGAGCAAAACACAUUUAUUUUAACGGCUUUUAAUUGAUUAAAGGAAAGUCUGAUUCUUUGAGGGAUUGAGCAAUUUUCUUAUGCUUGCCUUUCCUUUUUUGAAGAGUGAGCCAUGCACAUCGUUGUCGUUAUUUGUGCACUGCACGGGCCAUGCAUGUGUGUCAUGAUUAGAAGCUGGCGUGAUCGAUUCAUAAUGUUGCGAUUAAUAAGAAACGUGUCUUCUAAGAAGAGAAAGCAUAUGAUUUGCUAGAUUUAUGAGAUGAGUUGUUUCAUACAUGGAUUAAGUUAGUGUAUUUUUGACCAGAUUGUAAGAUCAUACAGAAAAUAUCAUGUCAUCAUGGAGUUGCAAUUAUCAAGCUAACAAGUUGGUAGCUAUCAUAAAUAACUCCAAUGAUCAAGAUCAUAGUUACCUAGAAUGCGGAAUGUUUCAAUUCAUGUACGGAUGCUGGGUAGUGUACGUCACUUAGUUUAGCAUUUUUGACCAGACUUGGUUCACAUUUCAUAUUAUGGUAGUAUGCUUUAAAGUGCAUAUUAGUUGUUUAUUUAAAGAUUUUUGAGCGACACCACUUAGAAAACAAAUUCCCAGACUAGCUUGCAUUUUUUUUCUUUGAAUGUUACAUACUUAUUAAACUUUAAUGAAUGAAUUAAUCAGUAUUUUAUUAACUCAAUUUAUUCCAUUAAGAGAAAUAUACCCGGUUGAAUCUUUAAAUGGAAUCUUUCCUUAUUCUUUCCCUUUGUUCCCUUGGCCGUGUCUCACCAUGUAUAUGAGUAUAUGUAUAGUAACUUAGCUACUUUGGAUUGCAUGCUGUUGCAUAACUGGGAUUGAAAAUCUGGGAUUAGAACCCUGAUUAUGAUUCUAGGAUGUUGCAGGAAUAUCUGGAAGCAACAAGUACCGAUGGAAACUUGAUUUGUUUGGCUGGUGAAGCUAUAAUCAAUUUAUGUACUUGGUAUUUUGAUUUGUUUCAGUUUGAAAUACGCCAAACUUACAGGACCUUGAUUGAUGUGAUGAAAGAAAUGUUAUCGUUUGAUUAGCUAAGCAACUUUUUUUUAACCAUUGUUCUUUGUGAAAGUUAUAUGAGCUAUGGCUGUCAUGGUUGUUUUUAGUAAGAUUGCAAGAUUGAAGAAUGUGGCCAUUUCAAUUUUUUAUAUGGAGGAAAUUUGAUUCUGCAAUGCAAUCUUUGAAAUUUAAUCUGGUUGAAUCAAGUCCUAGAAGUGGCCUAGGAUCUGAACAGCAUUCAUAUAAAGUACUCAAGCCCCUAUCUUAUCAUUUUCAGAAUUUUAUCACACUUGAUACUUGCAGAUUAGUGUCAGUAUGCUUUGCCAAUUAGCAUCGGACAAGAUUAUUAAUGAUGAGAAAACUUUACUGAAUCUAAGUACUAUGUUGUUGGAGAAUGAGGAUAGGAGGAUGCAACACUUCUUUCAACUUUUUGGGCUGGGUGCUCUUAUGUUUACAUCAUGUACAUAAAAUCAUAAAUUAAAUGAAUGCCCUGAAUUAUAUGCUAUAUUGAUUUAUAUGAUUAUUUCAGCCGCAGUUAUCUUAAAUAUCAUUCUUGUGUUUGAUAAUCAAUUUCCUCAAAGUUAUGUCCUAUUUUCUCAACAUAUAAAUGAGUGGUUCAAUGGAUAGGGAUUUUUGUAGAAAAUUGUUAUAGUUUUUAUUUUUCUUUUGCUCCUAGUUUUCUUGAUUAAAACCUUCGAAUUAAUGACUCUGCUGGAAAACAAUAAAUUUGAUUCCAUUUGUACUUGAAACUGUUUGAGCGAAUACACUCCAUAUUGCAUGCACUUUAUUUCCAUAAUUGUUGUUUAGCUUCUGUGAGCUCUGAUCCAUUCAUAUAAAUCCAAUUGAGACCAUGGAUAAGCUCCUCAGUCAUUUGCAGAACUGAAAAGGAAGAGAUCCUACUCCAGCAGCCAUAAUAUUUUGGAACCAUUGUUUGAGAUAAGCAAUUUAUGUGUUUGUUAUCUCUUGAUAUGUACUGUUUUGCUCACAGUUGGAUCUAACUGAAUGCUGAUUGGAUUGCUUCUGAGAUCGACGUGAAGAGUUUGUGUGGAGGAAGAGUGGUAAUUAUCGUAGUCUUAUUGAUUAUAAACUCGAGUUUAUUCCCCCAACAUGUUUUCUUUUCCUGCAUUUCGAAGGCUUGAUUUUUGAAAAUUCUUUGUACUGCGAGUCUAUAAACUGUUAUAUGAGUCUGGCUCUGCUUUUUGUUAUUGGAUCGUGCAUGUGGUGGUGUCUUUUCAGGCACAAGCUCGCUACAUGUAAAAUGUUUCAGUUGUCGUAGGUCCUGUUAGAAUUGUUAGGUAUUGUUUACAUGUUAUCUACAGAAGAUGUAAUGUAGCAGGCUGGCUGUGGAAAGAGAGGCGAACACAGUUUUAGGUCCAGUUCAUAACAGGGAAUGCAUUGAGUAGUUUGCUUUUAAUAUUCCAAAGCCUGCUGAUGUCUCUCAGGGGUGCAGCCCAGGUUCUUGCCAAACAAGUGAUGGGGCCUGAGCUGCUGCUUUGUGCCUUCCGCAGCAGACUACAGACGGGGUCAGUGCUACCCAGACUUGUGCCCUUGUUUAUUGGUUGUUUACCGUCGUAUUUAUUGGAAAGUUGGAUGCUGUAAUCAGUGGCUGGAAGAUUAAAACAUGGAGAUGGACAUCCAUCCGAAGCGGGCGCCUGCCGUAUUGAUCAUAUUGUGUGCCUUCUAAGCUCAAGGAUCUGUCUCUGUUUGAAAUUAUUUGUAUAUGAACGCAAUUCCUGUCAACUCCAGAUGGCAUUUUUGACA